GAUUAUUGUGUCCGAUGGAGCAACGCGGUUCGGUUAAACACCCUCACAGGCCCCCACAUCUGGAUUAAUUGUGAGGACGGAGGAGAGAGACAGGCGUGGAGCGUGUCUCAGUGGAUUCUGGUCCGAUUUAGAUCGGCUCAGGAGCGGGUUUGACCCGGUUUCCAGUGGGCUUGGAUCGCCGGGAAAAACAGAAAGAAGGGAAAGUUUGCUUCAUCUUUGCUCUCAUGUCUUUGCAGCUGGGGUGUUAGUAAUGUUCAGGUAGACGCUCGACUCUGGUGCCCACCAUGUUGAAGCGUUUGGACAGGAUCCGGUUCAGGGGACGGCGGGAUGACUUCCUGGAUCUGGCUGAGUCGCCCAACACAUCCGACACAGAAUGCAGCGAGGAGGUUGUGAUUAAACCUCGCACCUCUGUCAGAGAGACAGAGGAGGUGAGGGAGGCAGAGGUGGAGCCGCAGGGUGAUGUUCAGGCUGGUCCAGGAUCUUUUUCUGCAGCUCUGGAUGACAGGACAGAUUUAAAUGAGGUUAAAGGUCACUUAGAAAUUGCCUUGUUGGAGAAGCACUAUUUGCAGGAGGAGCUGAGAAAACUUAAAGAGGAGUCCAAUGUGGAUUCGCUGAAACAGGAGUUAGAAAAGGAGCGCUGCAGACGCAUCGAGCUGGAACAGAAAAUCAACGAUGCCCUGAGAUCCAGACUUGAAGACUCACCAUCUCAGACACCUAAAGCUCCGUCUGCUCCUUCAGCUGCUGGCAGUGACAAACAGAAGGAGACUCUGGUUGACACCUUAUUGAAAUGGCUUUAUGAUCGAUUUGGUGUUUAUAUCGAAGACUUCCGCUUCCAACCAGAGGAGAUGACAGUGGAGACGGAGGAACCACUGAGUGCCAAAAGGUUGACUGAAAACAUGAGACGGCUCAAACGAGGAUUUAGACCCGUUACCAAUUUCAUGAGGAACCUUUCUGCCUUAUCCAGCUGGUACUCCAUCUAUACAUCAGCCAUUGCCUUCAUUGUCUACAUGUAUGUGGCGUGGAAUGGAUGGGUCAUCCCCAUGUUCCUGUUCCUCGCCAUUCUCCGCCUGUCCUUGAAUUACCUCAUUGCCAAAGGCUGGAGGAUCCAGUGGAGCAUUGUACCUGAAGUUUCAGAGCCAAUGGAGCCUCCUAAGGAAGACCUGACUGUGUCUGAGAAGUUCCAGCUGGUCCUGGAUGUCGCUCAGAAAGCUCAGAAUCUGUUUGGAAGGAUGGCCAACAUCCUGGAGAAAAUAAAGAAUCUCUUCAUGUGGGUUCAGCCGGAGCUGACUCAGAAGCUGUACGUUGGUCUGUGGUUGGCCUUCAUCUCCUCAUGCCUGCUCCCGUACAAACUGCUGGGAUUCAUCAUAGGUGUAUACGCAGGUAUCAAGUUCUUCAUCAUUGACUUCAUCUUUAAGAGUUGUCCCAAGCUGAGGCAGCGCUAUGACACCCCCUUCAUCAUCUGGACAAAUUUACCCACCGACCUUCAGCUGAAAGAGCGCAGCAACACUAUGCUGGGCCGACGAGUGAUAGCUGCUGGGGGCCGAGGCAGCCUCACCGCAGCAGCUCCUGUGGGUGUCAGUCGGGAUGAAGAUGGAGGGCGAUACUACAGCACCAAGAGAGGAGCUUUUCAUGAGGUGUUUAACCUGCCAGAGAGUGAGCGCCCUCUGACAGUGUGUGAGACUGGCUGGCGCUGCUGCCUCAUCAACAGAGACAGGAAGACACCGACAGACUACAUCCGCAACGGAGUGCUUUAUGUCACCGAGAAUUACCUGUGUUUCGAGAGCUCCAGCUCCAGGUCCGGAUCCUCAAAGAGGAACAAAGUCAUCAAACUGCUCGAGAUUACUGACAUCCAGAAGUACAAAGUUUUGUCAGUGCUGCCUGGAUCUGGGAUGGGGAUCUCCAUUGCGACACCAUCCACCCAAAAACCUAUGGUCUUCGGCGCAAUGAUGCACAGAGAUGAGGCAUUUGAAGCCAUCUACACUCAGUACAUGAAGAUCGUUACUAUGGCUACAGCCAUCAACCCUGAGACAUAGUAAGACCUUUGCGAUGGCUGCCUUAAACACAAGCACCUGAAGGUUCUUAGAUGGCUGCUGACUUCGGUUUGAGCUGCUGGUCUUCCCCCAUCAGUCACCCAUGAAAAUAAUUCAGUGACAGUAUUUUAGUGAUUGAUAAUAAAUCAGCUGAUUCCAACUAAUCACUGAUUUUUGUUUUAUUUUUUUUGGUCAGAAUCAGACAGUCUGUUACCAAUCACUGUUUCUGAAAACAAAUUAACAAUACCAUCCACAAAUGAGAGCACUUUACAUCCUCUCUAAGGGUUAGUUUACUGAAAAAAAACAUUUACAAGAAUCGCAUCUCUGUUUUUUUCAUCUCUGAUAAACAUCUCAGCAUUUCACGUGCGCAGACUUGAUAUUAAAUUAAAAGCCUCUUGAUAGCUCAAAGGGUUCAAUCCCUCCCAUAGUUUUUAGGCUUUUAUUGCGAAAAAUCUACUGGACGUUUUUGGUUCACAUAGUUAAAGCCUGUAGAAGAAGUUUUAAAAAAGCUUACUUUUACUCCCACAGCUCCUUUUACCUGCAGUUUAUUGGUUCAGGUUUGUCACAUGACCGGUUGCAGGCUUCAGUUUACUUUAGUAGCAGCAAAUUAAACUGGAAACUUAACUACAUUAUGUUUUUUGUGCUAAAAAAAAUUGAAUAAUAAUUUAAUUCACUAGUCAAUUAAUAAGAACAGUUAUUCUCUGCCUGCAGCUUUCCCAAUAUAUUAAUUUCUUGCUUUUCUGUGUCUUUGUCGAUGUAAUCUGAACAUUUUCAGGCUUUGAACUGUUAAUCAGACAAAACACAACGUUUAAAAAAAAUGACAGUGCACUCUUGAGAAACUGGAAUGGAUGUAUUUUACUCAUUUCUAAUGACUAUACAAUUAAUCUUAGUGGUAGACUUAAUUUGACCUUUACUUACAACCAAACAUAUUAAUCUGACUUAUAAACACUGACUGAUGGAAGUCUGUCUGCAGGCAAAUCAUGAAGGGAGGAAACAGAAAAUAUAAAAAGUAGUUUUUAAUCUUGUUCUGAUUCUGACUCAAUAUUUUCUAAUUGUAUAAAAGAACAUAGCAAAAAGUCCAUCAAGUCUGUUGCUGACAGUUCAAAUCUUCAAAUGUUCAGAGAAACUGAUACUAUUGUUAAAUAGUGUCUUUAUAGCUUGCGAUGCAAACUUAGGUGGAGGGUUUCAUGACUGUGUAUUAAACCGCUGGCAAACAAAUGUGUUUAAACCUCAUUAUUAUACAUUGGUGUCUUCAGGGAUUUGUAAACAGUAUCAUCAUGACUCUGUAUUGUACUAUUGCAACUAAGCCUUACAGUUAAUAUGUUGGUGUAAAGUGUUUGUAUUCUGUAUCAAUGUUCAGCAGUUAUGUGAGCAGUCUUUGACACAUGGAAUUUAGUGUAAACCACAGAGUUAGUCUUUUUCUUAAGCUUUGUUUGACUUAGCCAGAAGCUAAGUGGCUAAAGCUAAUGCCAGUUUAGCAGUUUAUGCUUUCUGUUUUACAAUUAAUGAGCCACGAAACAAAAUCCCACAGGGACUACAAAUGCUACAUUUUUGUAUUUGUUUGUCAUUCGAUUUUCAUCAAGCUUAAAGAAGAAUCAAGUAAAGCACUAAAAAAAGCACUUUUUUCUUUCAUUUCUAUUAUCUGAUAGCUUUAUUUUUUUGGUUUUUUGAGAAUGUCUGUUUUUUGUCUUUUGUAAAUGACAUAAAACUUCAGCCUAACAUUUUUAUUUUAUUUUGGGCAUUUUUGUUUUAUUUUGGGUUGAAUGUUUUGUUUUUUGUUUUUUAUUUUACAUGUUGAAGUAAAAGCUGUCAAAUUAAAAGUUUGUAUUCCAAAUUGCUGUCCAUUUUAUUUAAUAUUCAGAUUUAUUACUUUUGGUUGUGGUGUUUUUUGUUUUGUUUUGUUUAUGUCUUAUUUCAGAUUAAAGGUUUUUUUUUAAUAAUUCAUUGACAAAAAAUUAACUCUCCAAAAUAAGAUUUUUUUUUAAAUAUAAAUUCUGACAAAUUUUAACAAAUAAAAUUGCACAUGAAGUAGACAGCUUCACUUAUUUUAGUUUUAUCUCACUUUAAUUUCCAAAUAUUUUUUCUUUUGUAGUUUUUUUUUAUGCCACUUGCUAAUACCAUCAUGCCUCAGCCAAGUACUCUUUAAAAAUAGUUUCCUGACUUUCUUUCAGUGUGUCCUUUUUUUGCUCGGGUUUGAUUUUUGCCUUGUUGACGUUGUCACUGUGAACAUUUUUCUCUCCUCCUUUUGUGUCUUUUGGAUUUGAGGUUUUUAUAAAAUGGUUUCUUGUAUGGAUAGGUGUAAUGUUUUUUAAAUUGUGUAAUUUCUAUUGUUGAAAUGUGAUGUACAUGUGUUUAAGUAAAAUCAAAUAUGAUACCUUAA